AUGAGAACACCUUGCCUGAGGCUGUUGGAUGCUGGAGAUACUUCGAUGCUCACCUCAGCCAACCUCCUUUCUCAUGGCGAACUUGUUCAUACAUCCAUCGAGUCAAUACUGAAUCGGAAGCACCCUUCGCGGAGGCCCUUUGACACAGCAAACGGUAUUCUCACCGGUCCCCAACCCCCAGCCCCCGCCCACCCUGCGCCACUUGGCGGAUCGCAAGCGUCAAAUUCAGAGGGUUUUCGAGGAGCUCCAUCGUCUGACUCUGUGGUCACAGCCCCCCCAGCAGCUACGAGCGAUAACAGGAACAUUGUUCGCAGGAAGCUGACGGGCUACGUUGGCUUCGCGAACCUGCCCAACCAAUGGCACCGCAAGAGCGUCCGGAAGGGCUUCAACUUCAAUGUUAUGGUUGUUGGUGAAUCCGGUCUCGGAAAGUCAACACUCGUCAACACCCUCUUCAACACCUCCCUGUACCCGCCCAAGGAGCGCAAGGGCCCCAGCUUGGACAUUAUUCCAAAGACCGUCACGAUCCAGUCCAUCAGCGCCGAUAUCGAGGAGGCGGGCGUGCGUCUGCGGCUAACGGUCGUCGACACGCCUGGCUUUGGCGACUUUGUUAACAACGACGAGUCUUGGCGGCCGAUUGUCGACAACAUCGAGCAACGUUUCGAUGCUUACCUGGAUGCUGAGAACAAAGUCAACCGUAUGAACAUUGUCGACAACCGUAUCCACGCCUGCGUCUUCUUCAUCCAGCCCACUGGCCACUCCCUGAAGCCUUUGGACAUCGAGGUCAUGAAGCGGCUGCACACCAAGGUCAACCUUAUCCCGGUCAUUGCCAAGGCCGAUACCCUGACGGAUGAUGAGGUGGCCGCCUUCAAGGCCAGAAUCCUUGCGGAUAUCAAAUUUCACAAGGUCCAAAUCUUCGAGGGUCCCCGCUACGAGCUCGAUGACGAGGAGACCAUCGCUGAGAACAACGAGAUCAUGUCCAAGGUUCCGUUCGCCGUUGUUGGUGCCAAUAACGAGAUCACCAAUGCAGAUGGGCGCAAGGUCCGUGGCCGUCGCUAUCCUUGGGGUGUCAUCGAGGUGGACAACGAGGAGCACUGCGACUUUGUCAAGCUGCGUCAGAUGCUCAUCCGCACCCACAUGGAGGAACUCAAGGAGCACACCAACAACGUGCUCUAUGAGAACUACCGUACAGACAAGCUCAUUGCUAUGGGCGUCUCGCAAGACCCGAGCGUGUUCAAGGAGGUCAACCCUGCCGUCAAGCAGGAAGAGGAGCGUGCGCUCCACGAACAGAAGCUUGCCAAAAUGGAGGCCGAGAUGAAGAUGGUAUUCCAGCAAAAGGUCGCCGAGAAGGAGUCAAAGCUGAAACAGAGCGAGGAGGAGCUGUACGCUCGUCACCGGGAGAUGAAGGAGCAGCUGGAGCGGCAACGACUUGAGCUCGAGGAGAAGAAAUCGAGGGUGGAGAGCGGACGGCCACUGGAAAAGGAGAAGAGGAAGGGCUUCUCACUCCGGUAA